CUCUGAGACGGUCCAGGUGGAGUUAAAGAACGGGACUGUCGUGUCGGGAACCGUUGUAUCGGUUUCACCCACCAUGAACAUCACAUUGAAGUCAGUCAAGAUGACUGUCAAAUACAGAGACCCUGUCGCAUUGGACUUUAUCAAUAUCAGAGGAAACAACAUCAGAAACAUCAUUCUCCCCGACCAGAUCAACCUCGACAGUUUACUUGUGGAUUCAUUGGCCAAACCAAAGGCUGCAAAGAUUAAAAAGCCGGUGAUUACGCAAGGUAGAGGCGGUUUCAGAGGUGGCAGAGGUGGUAGAGGUGGCAGAGGUGGUGGUAGAGGCAGAGGCAGAGCGUUCUAAGGGACGAACCGGAGCUAAAAUAGCUCUAUGUACUAUAAUGUAUUAAUUCCAGAGAUGAUCGCGUGUGUGAUUGGUGUAUAAUGAGGGGAAACUUCAUAGCUACAGUAAACCCCAAAUUUUUUCUUAAUAUCCAUCUUCUGGGACUACACAUUGCAGGUAUAUAAAUACGUUUAGUUUACCCGGUAAGCGUAAUAUAUUGCUCAUGAAGCGCAUAUAGACGAAUUCGACAUCCAAACAAAUCUGUUGGCUCUGGUACGUAUACUACGAUUAAUGAAGGCAUGUACCUCGUUAAUACUACCGUCCAGCCCAUCAGAUGUACACAUAGCCCGACAGAUAUAUACCUCG